AGGGUUCUCGGAAUUCAGCACAGAAGGAGCAUGGAGCCCAUCCCGGCCUCCACUCGCACCUCUAUCGCGGUCUCCACGCGUUCAGCACCCGGUCCCGCCGCCGCCUACACCCCCACGACGCCUCUCACGUCGCUCUACGUCGUCUCUGGGCUCCCCAAAUCUCCUCAAACGUGGACCCUAUCUGACCCCGACUCGGUGCUUGGCCUGCAUCACAGCGAAGGCGCGGUCGCGCGAUGGUGGCGCCCGGAAGUCCUGGGCAGCACCGUCAGUCCUGGAGUGGGCGGCAGAAAAGGACUGAGCAAGAAGCGGAGCGCGGAGAUGCUCAAGGGCACCGGAGCCCUGACCAAGCAGGAGGUGGCGAAGAUGCUCUCCAAAGCGCUGAAGCUGUCCUUUACGAGAGAAGUGGAGAUCGUCGCCUCGACGCUUCAGCCCGCGUCGACCGUGCACACCUUCACGUUCAACCUGCCCACUCCCUCCGGUACACUGGCGCCCGCCAGCGGUCACCGGUCCUCCGUCUUUAGCCACGCUACCGGCCCGGGUUUCGACGCUCGCAACUCGACGACCACCUUCAACCACUUUCUCAACGACGACCCCUACGCCGCCGCCCGCCCCUCCUCCGCCUUCCUCGGCCCGCCGCCGUUCACCCAAGGUUCCGCGGGCGCCGUCUCUGCGCGCGACGUGGAGGGCGCCAUGGACGGCGGCGCGAACGGCGUCACGUACUACGGCGUGUGCCUCACGGUCUGGUCCCACGCCGACGCGGAGCGCACCGCCGCCAUCCGCCGCACGCUCGAGGGCGGCCGGGCGCGGAAGGAGUCCGCGCAGUCCGUCCGCGCGCAACGGCUGAAGGCGCUCCGGGGCGAUAACGGGGCGCUGAGCGCGGAUCCCGCGAGCCAGGCUCGCAGGCGGCAGAAGCGCGUCGGGCGUGGGCCGUGGGGUAACGGCGAGACCGACACGGAGACGGAGGGCGAGGGCAUGCUGAGCGAGAGCGAGUACGAGGUCGCGAGCACCGUGGGGCAUGCCCCCGGGGAGAGCACCGUGUUCCUCCCCGGAGACGCCGUCUUCUGGCUUCCGUAUGCAUUGACUCUCGUUUCGCGGCAUCCGAUCUACGACCUGAUGCGUGACUAUCUCACGCUAUCCUGGGCGCGAUUCUCCAAGGACGUACAGUCCCAUACCCUCCAGAUCUCGAAGAUUCUGUCUCAUCCGGCGCCUCGCGCCGGCGAGUUGGUCAAGCUGGACGCGAGCGCCAGCAACGACGGCCCCGAGACGAGCUUGGAGGUCGUUGCCCGCUUCCCCGGCGGUCUGGACUUUGGUCGGGGUCUGGUGGACAUCAACUUUACGAUGUGGCCGUUAUUCAAGUGCUUGAACAUCGACAACAUCCUGACCAUAUGCGAAAUCGCCCUCGCGCCCACCGGUCGGAUCCUGUUCUUCUCCAGGCAUCCCUCGAUGCUCGGUAUCGCCGUCUCCACCGUCAAGUACCUGGUAGAGCUGCGAGGCUGGAAUGGUAUCGCGCUGCCAGCGGUCCAUUGUCGCGAUGCGAAGAUCUAUAUCGAAGAUCCUGGUCCAUGGAUCAUAGGUCUGUCGACCGAGGCCCGGUAUAGCGUUCGAGCGUCACCUGAAGUCUGCAUCGUGGACUUGGACAUCAACUACCUCAACUGCGCGUCCCCGCCGCCUGGCUGCAUCUCGGUCAAGCAAGAGAGGGACAAGUACCGUCAGCGACUUCUUGCUGCCUUUGAGCCACACUACCACCCGGAUCAUUGCGUGCCCAACGAAUUCAAGGAGGCCUUCCCCGCGGGUCGCUUCCGUCCCGUCUGCAAAAUUCAGGCCAAGCGCGGCGCAUCCCCUACAGCGGUCGCCGACGUCAUCAAACCGCCGGACUGGUGGCACUCUACUCGUAUUAUCCAGGCCUUUGACCAGGUACUCCAGGACAAGAUGAAACCUCCGUCCUUCUUCAAACGUAUCAGCUCGUUCGGAACGCCGAAGCGCCCACCCAGACUGACGCCCGCAGAGCAACACAUUCAGUUGUCCAUCCGCCGACGCGCGACGGCCUUCGUCGAUGCGCGAGACGAUCUGGAGACCAAGAUCGGUCGGCUGACUCGCAGGUUGAACUUCUUGAUGACCGAGUCGGACCUCUGGCGAGACAAGUUUGUGACGUUCGAGCAGUACGCCGAGAAGCUCGGUGGAGAGGCCAACCAGCUGAGGGCGAAGAUCGCCAAGGAGCAGAAGGAGACGCGUCGCCUCUCUGGCCUUGUCACGAUGACACAAGCAGAGAGGAACAAGCUGCAGUCGCAACUCAAAGAGACCGAGGUCGCGCACAAGGAUGCGAUGCUGGAACUGGAGAAAAUGAAGGAGACCAUGGAGAAGAUGGAACAGGAGCGGGCGGCGAUGAUCGAAGAAGUGGAGGCUCAGAUCGAACGCGCGCUGGCCUCGAUGGCGAUAGACAUGGACGACGGCUCGGAUUACUCGGACGACGGCAGCCAGUAUUCUCGCGGCAAUAAAUCCAAAUCGGGCUCGCGAAGGCCCAGCGUCAGCGGUCGUUCUACUAGUCGUUCUCGCCACAUGCGAUCGUUUGCCACCGAGUCGACUCUGGCCGAGUCGUCGAGCAAAGACGAGUUGAACACCAAGGUGGACACCGUCUUGGAAGAGAACGAAGAAGAGGAACAACCGUUAUCACCGAGCAAGAAGAAGCGGUUCUCCGCGGGUAGCAUCGGCGAUGCUGGUCAAGAUGGCAUCGCGGCUGUGGACGAGGGCAUUAGCGAGCGAACCGACCGUAUCGCUGAGAAAGUGCUUCAGAUACAACAGAAGGUAAUGAACCUCUGA